GUUGAACAGUAAGAUUCAGAGGAGGAGGAGGAGGAGAAGAAGAGUGUAGCGGGUGCCAAAGUACCUGCUUCGUUUGUGUUCUUGGUUUAAUCUCUAAUUUACAGGAUGGCACAGUGGGGUGCCAUAUUCUCAAUUAUUGUUGCUCUUGGAGGAGCAGCACUCUUGGCCUCCGUGCACAAGAUCGAUGAGGGACACACUGGAGUUUACUACAGGGGAGGGGCUCUCCUGACUAUCACCAGCGGCCCUGGUUUCCAUCUUAUGCUUCCAUUUAUCACAACCUACAAGUCUGUUCAGACGACGCUGCAGACAGAUGAGGUGAAGAAUGUACCAUGUGGCACAGGUGGAGGAGUGAUGAUUUACUUCGACCGCAUAGAAGUGGUGAACUAUCUCGUUCCAUCAGCAGUGUACGACAUAGUGAGGAACUUCACCGCAGACUACGAUAAAGCUUUGAUUUUCAACAAGGUGCACCAUGAGCUCAACCAGUUCUGCAGUGUUCACUCGCUGCAGGAGGUCUACAUCGGCCUGUUUGACCAAAUUGAUGAAAACCUGAAGUUGACGCUACAAGAGGAUCUAACAUCCAUGGCACCUGGACUCAUCAUACAGGCGGUGCGUGUGACAAAGCCCAACAUCCCAGAGAGCAUCCGGCGAAACUAUGAGCUCAUGGAGAGCGAGAAGACCAAGCUGUUGAUCUCUGCACAGACACAGAAGGUUGUGGAGAAGGAGGCAGAGACCGAAAGGAUCAAAGCUGUGAUAGAGGCGGAGAAAUUGGCACAAGUGGCAGAGAUCAAGUUUGAACAGAAAGUCAUGGAGAAGGAAACAGAGAAAAAGAUUUCUCAAAUUGAAGAUGGUGCUUUCCUGGCCCGGAUGAAAGCCAGGGCAGAUGCAGACUUCUAUACAGCUCAGAGAGCUGCCGAGGCCAAUAAGAUGAAGUUAACACCUGAGUACCUGCAGCUAAUGAAGUACAAGGCCAUCGCAGCCAACAGUAAGAUCUACUUUGGGAACGACAUACCCCAGAUGUUUGUGGACUCUGGCUCUGCAGGGAGCUCCAUGAAAGUCUCUGCAGCCAUGGACAUUAUGGCUGAGCAGAUCCUGGACAUGGAUUAAGUAGUGGGACGCACAGGACCACCCGGGGGUGGAGGACUGUCUGUUGGAGGGUAGUAGCCUGACCCACAGGCUGCCAGGUUCACCUUCUGACUCAGAGAAGUUCUGCUGACAAGGGCCGGUAUUUCUCAAAUAUCUCAGAAUCACUGCUAGAAGCCAUGUUAAAAAUUCAUUAGAAAGUUGAAAAAAAUCCCUAUAAGUUAAAAUUCCUCUUCCUCAGAGAAGAGCACUGGAGAUAUUUUCCUAUUCUCGUUGUUUUGAUUAGGAAUGGUACCAUCUACUCAGAACCAUAAUAUAGGUGGAGGAAAAACUAGAUGAUAUAGCAUCGCCAAUGGAUGACAAGCCCCUUUAAAACUGACAUUAGCCAACGCAGCAACUUUUUAUUAUAGUAAUUUAGCCUAUGCACAGCUUUAUUUGGCCCAUGUGGCAAGUGUACCCACUUACAACCAAACCAAAAUCUCUCAUUGCUUGUGUGUUAAACUGUGUUAUCCCUCAUGUGACGUGUUCUAAUUGAGCAUUAAAGUAGUGAUAUUUGUUGCCUGUUGUUACGCUGCAUUGUCCUUGUUACAUGAAUUGACCAUUUGCUAAAAGCCUCAUUCCUCUGAAGCCAUUCUCAGACCUGAACUCAGACCGCUAUGUGAACGCCUUUCGCCUAUGAAAACUGCGGCAGGAGAUUUUCAAUGCAGCAGAUUGUCAAUGCGGCAGGUGACAGGAAGUGCAGCAUAAAUAGACAGGGCUUAAUGUAUAAAUUCCUACGCUGAUCACAUUAUUGCAAACAGCACAUUGACACUACCGUCGAUAUGCUGCUCAAAGCAUGCUGAAACAGACACUUUUAGCAUAUAUUUUUUUCUGUAGCCGUGUUGGCAAACUAGCGCCAACAUGAGCGCCAUCAGCUGGUUGAAAUGAGGACAACAGCUGACUUUCUAAUGUCGCCAACUAAUUUAUAUCAUUAGUAGAACCCAGUCAAAACGGAUUCUGUUAAUAUGCAGUUUAAGGUUGCAUACAUGAUGUGAUGCUAACGGGCUGUUCCAACAAACAGUCAUCAUUGUAGGCGUGAAUUUGGGUAAUCUGGGAACUUGGGUACUGUGGGACACGACUAAUCUUCACUCUGUUUAUUUCAUGAUCUAACAAAUUCUAGUCAACAGGACUUUUACUAUAAAUUAGCAUAGACAUCAUGUGACUGAAAUCACAUGACUUCACGGGGAUGAUGUCACAGAAAGGGGUGGGGAAAAUGUAAAUUUGAAGCUCCCCCUUGGAAUUGCAUAACAAGAUCAAUUACAUAUGAUUCUGACAAUAAUGUUAAUGAUAUAAAUGUAUCAUCAAUAAGACAAUGUUCCCUGAGUAGCCCCAAUAGAAUGGUGAAUGAAUAAUCUUUUUUUUUAUAUAUGAUACACCUUGAAUGUAUUUAAUUAAUUUGAGAUUCAUAAUUUAAGAUAGAAUUCUUUAUGAAAAAACUUAUUGUUGACAUUUCCAUGAAUAAUUUCUUAUUCAACUUUCUGUCCUUUUUUCUGAGCUUGGCUCAGAAACAUCUACGUUGAUUUAAUGUGUAAACAGAUAUUGGAAUCAAUCGCAGAAAUCGAAGUUGCAAAAAAUGUCCCAGAUUACCAGAAUUCGCCCUAACCAGUGGAUUGACUGAGGAUUUACAAGACACCGACAUAAUGACAACUUUAGACCUCGGAACCAAAGCAAAGUUGCUACUAUGUUUUGUAAGCUAGUUAGCCAGUUAACCAUUGCAGUUUACGUUACAGCAGAUAACACAGUUUGAUCAGUUUCAACCCUUUUUGCUUUCGGGCUCUGAGUCUUUUAAAGGUGAUUCGAAUGACACCAUCCUUUUGACUCCUUUCAAUACAGAUUACCACUCUUUCUACAUCCCCAUCAACACCACCUUUGGAGGGGUUGAAAAAAUGCAAAAAGAACUGUUUAAAUCUAGAUGAUCUUUUUUUAGGAAACCUAGUUGAUGUCAGUGAUCAUUUUAUAAUACAAAUAUUUAAAAUGAUUAUAAUGUUGACGGUGCUAAAUGGAGGAGCAAACAUAUGCGUCACCCUGAGGAUAAUGUUCUGGGAUUCUGAACAGGCUGAAAAAUACUGGCCCAAAUCAGAUCUGUCACUGAAGACAAAUCACAGGGAAGAUGAAUGUACUGUGUGACUGUCUCCACCAACAUCGUUUCCUUUUGUUUUAUAUGUUUUUGUAAAAUUUCUCUUCAGCACUGACGACUUAUUGAAUUGACUUCGGACCACAUCUUUGCUGUUGAUGUGUAAACAACUUUUUGUGUGAGACUGAACCUGUAGUGGAGACUAUGUUUGUGCAAUUAUUUGUUUAAUGUUUUGCAUCAGGAUUUUAUUGGAAAAAAAAAAGAUGGAGUUGAUGUGACGUUGGAGCAGCAUUUUAUACUUUUGUUUGAUAACCAAACUAUAGAUAUGUAACAUCAGCUCCAUUUAGCCAUUUUUAAGGAUAAUUAUAGAAAGCAUUGCAUGUGUGUCAUGUAAGAAUCUCUACAGGACACGUAGUUUCCAAGUAGAGAUUUUUCUUUGAGCCUUCGGCAACAUGACCCACCGUCCAGUAGGAGGAAGAGGUCGUAGGAUGUGAGAUGAAGAAAGCGAUAAUAUGUAAGUCAUAGUCUGUAAGAGUCAGUUAUUCUCUGUGGACACUUGAAACCUUUUUCAUAGACAUCUUGAGAUGGUCAGGACCAAAAAACGCGUUGUUUACUUUGUACAAUUUGUCCAACUGUUGAAAAAAGGUUCAUGUUUGAUUGUCAGUUUUGUGUUGUGGCACAGAAUGCAAGUUAGUCACCAAAUGAAAAAGAACCACGCAACACACUGUCAACAUCAGAGUCAUUUCAUUUCAUAGCUCAAGGUUUAGUAAGAAGUUAGAACCACAUUUGUUUUAGUCAUGUUUCGCAACUGAUCCAGGGAAAUUGGUUUCCUUUUUUUCCAGAGUCUUUAACACAAAGCUAAGAAUCUUUUCUCCUGAAUUCACUAUAACCUACUACAAACAGAUAUUAUGUUCUUAAUCACUCCAAUCUGCUGAUUUCCUCAAAAGUUGGUCUAGUGAACCCUCAAAGUGACGACUGUCAUUUUAGUUCUUUUUGGAUUGAUUUAGAAUUAUGACGACUUGAAGGGCCAAUGCUUUUGCACUGAUUUUAAUAGUUUGUGCAAUUGGGAUUUUGUCAUUAGAUAAUAAAGCACCAUGGGUUAUUGUGUGAGAACUCACUGGCAUUAUGAAGACUUUUGUUAUGUAUAUUUAAAGUGCACUGUGAUCUAGGAUGAUUAUUCUUAUUAUUAAAAUUGUAUAAAAGACAAUAAGUGUGUUUUGAACCCAAUAAAAUGUUGAAUAUUUAAACAA